CUCCUCAGAUGUGCUAGCGCCGAGCCCACUGCAGGACGCGGUGAGCGAAGACUGAAGACGCACAGUGAGUGUAGGCGAGUGUGCAUAAAGAGAUCAUUGUGAAGCAGAUCUACGAUUUGUAUAUAAAAUAGAGUUGGAAUUGUGUCCAUUUUUCUAAUUCCGAUGAAUAUAGAUAUUUAAUUAUGCUAUUUGUCCAAAUGCGGUUCGAUAACCUCAAAUGACCUGCCCCUGCGUGCCUUUGUCAGUUUGUGACUUCUUUCCUGGGAAAUUUUGGCGCGGAUACACCGAGUUGAAUCUACAUCAUCAAAGCUGAAUGGAUGGCAGCAUAAGUGCAGUGGAUGUCAACCUAUAGUCAGGACUUUGCUACUCCCAAGCCUUCUCAAUGUCUGCAUCCAACAGGAGGUCAAAGACCAGUUUAUUAGCAGACAAGUGUGGGCAAACUGACCACUUCUCAAGCAAGAGGAAGGAGUCAGAAGGCGGAGAGAGCCUCUUUGGAUCAAAUGUUGCUGUAGUUUUCACUGGUUGCAGCGAGGCUGAUGCCAGUGAGCCCUGUGCUAAACUUCCCAGACUAAGCCCUAAUAUCAAAGGCAGCUGUGGUCAGUCAGAGCGCAGAGCUUCUUUGAGGAACAGAUCUGCCAUCAGCAGUGCCAUUGUGAACAGGCGCAAAAGCAGUCGACUCUCACGAAACAUAAAAGAAGAUCCUUGCCGUAUUAUGGCAAGUGGAAAUGGUGCUGCUGCGAGUGGAUUCAAGGAUGAUCAAUCUAUUGCACGAGUUCACAAGAAGGAAACAGACAGACGUCAGUCUCUGCAGCCGCAAAGCUUGCGGUCAGAUGGCACAGUGAAGCAUUCCCAGCGACGCAUGUCCCAUCACUUCCCACCCACACCAGAUCCCUUCAGCGCAUCUUUGAUUGCAAGGCAUAGCGGUAGUCAGCCUUUGGAUGAUGUCACUGCAGCACUUCUCAAUGAAAACAGAAGUCAUGCACAACAGAAUCUUCAGGCUUCUGCUUAUAGUAGUAGUAGUGUAACGUUAGUUCCAUCUAGUUCUAGUAGCUCUUUGUCUGUUGAUUUUCCCUCCGUUUAUCAAAAUGAAGUUACAGUGAUCACUAGUCAUAUUCAAGACAAGAGUCCAUUUUUAGCUAACCAAGCGGCAUCAUCUCACCUAGUCAAUCAAGGGGAAAGAAGCUCACAGUUAUCACAGCCUCUGGAGUACUGUAGGUCCAAUUCCUAUGGCAAGCACAUAUCAUCUGUAAAUUCCAUUGAAUCCUGUAGUUCCUCUGGGAGGGCAUCCAGCAGCUAUGAAACGUGCUCUGCUGCAUAUAGUACUGAGUAUUCGGAUUAUUUGAGCUCUACUGCUUUGAAUAGUAGCUCUUCUACAGCUUCUUGCAAUACUGAUAGUGUAGGCAGGGAGUAUACCAACGUACAGCCCAAAGAUGAGUUGAAAGUUAGGAGCUCCUGUGAAGAAGUCAUGGAAGUUCCUCGGUCGGUUACACCUGAUGCUCCUCUUGAGUCUAAGAGCAAUGAUGUAUACACACCUAGAGUGAGAGUGAACCGAGCGUCGCCCCUGCCGCCGCUGACGUGGGCAGACCGCCACCUUGUCUGGAAAUACAUGUGCGACAAGGAGCGUGACUACAAACGCACAGCAGCAGUUCUGGACGCUCACCCUGCACUUCAGUCGAGAAUGAGGGCUAUACUCCUCGACUGGCUGAGUGAGGUGUCGGAGGUUUACAAACUGCACCGUGAGACUUACUACAUCGCCGUUGACUACAUCGAUCGUUACCUUCAAGCCACUUGUAACGUUCCCAAGCAGCAGCUGCAGCUUCUCGGGGUAACAUGUCUCUUCAUUGCUGCCAAGAUGGAAGAGAUCUACCCACCGAAGCUCUCAGAGUUUGCGUACGUUACUGAUGGGGCUUGUCGGGACGAAGAGAUCAUUGAAAAAGAACUCGUUGUAGUUAAGACAUUGUCAUGGAAGCUCUCGCCCCUGACGUGCACCGGCUGGCUGAAGAUGUACAUGCAAGUCCUGCACGAGGGACGCUCCAACGGUCGAACUCUUGACGGUCCUGAGACAGAGUUUGUCUACCAGUGCUUCCACGGAGAAAACUUUGUGCAGAUUUGCCGGCUGCUGGAUCUGUGCACCCUGGAAGUGUCAUCGCUGAAGUUCCCUCCGUCUCUGCUGUCGGCGGGGGCGCUCUCGUUUUUCUGUGAUGUACAUCGGACCUCUAAGCUCACCAUGUACUCUGUGCUUGAUCUGCUGGUGGUCCAACGCUGGAUGCAACCUUUUGCCGAGACCAUAGCAAAGAUGAAGCAUCCUGCACAGCUGAAAUCCUUCAAAAACGUCGCUCCUGACGAUUAUCACAACAUCCAGACCAAGAGUGUUGGCCUUGAAGAACUGGAGGCAGCGCUAGUCAACCUACAGGCUGCAGAACCAGUGACGUAUGAAGAGUCGACCUCGCCAGUCCACGAGGCCGCUCCUGUGUCUGUCCUCACGCCUCCCAAGACUGAAGAGAAGAAGGACGAAAUCUCUGAGGGAAGCAGCCACUCGAAACAAACUUGUGGGAUGCUCACUACAGUGCCAUACUUCAGGCAGUCUGAUGAUUAUGCUGGUGCUGAGAAACAAAUAAUUGUAUUGAACCAAAAUUCCCAUUGAAUAAUAAUGCUGAAUUUAGAAAAUUCCCAUUGAAACAGUAACGCUCUUUAUUGAAAGUUUGCGUUGAAACAAUAAUGCCGGUUAUUGAAUGUUUGCAUUAAAAAUUUACAUCCAGAUAUUCUAGUAUGUGGAUUUAGUGGGAGAUUAUAAUUUUCUCUAGUACGGCUUUUCAGAAGACUGGCUAGUGGACAAAGAAGUAUUAAGUCUAAUGAACAAUGAUGAUCAACUCUUAUGAUUCGUUUUGUUAAUGCUUAGUUAACCUGAUUCUGCUGCUAUGAUGCGUGGGAAUUGCAAGGAAUAUAAUGCUUUUUAAAAUUAUCCUUGAUAUUUGAAUAGAUAUGAUUUCAUGUACCACUUUUUGUCAGCAACAAAAAAGCCUCAAGUCUUUACAAAAAUUCAGAAGCUUUCGUUUUUUUCCUGUAAACCGAAAUAUUGUGAUAUUUCCCCGUAAGAAAGUCACCAAUAAGUUUGACUCGAUCAUUUAAAAAUUUUUAGUGAUUUUGAGACGACAGUUGCGAACUGGAAAGGAAGGAGUAUGAAAUUGGAUUUUUGUGUGAAAUUGAUUAUUUUUUGCGCUUUCAAAUUGCUUACGCAAACAGUUGAAUAAAAAAUUUCUCAUUCUCUAGAAAUACAUCAAAAUAAAAACGCCUUCUUGUAGGAAAUAGUUAUGUUCACGUGCUCUGAGAAUGCAAUUGAUCUGAAUCGCUAGAAACCUUUCCCCUACUACUACUACUCCAUCAACAGUUUUGAGCUCUCUACAGUUUUGAGCUCAACAGUUUUGAGCUCAACAGUUUUGAGCUCUCUACAGUUUUGAGCUCUCAACAGUUUUGAGAUCUCAACAGUUUUAAGCUCUCAACAGUUUUGAGCUCUCAACAGUUUUGAGCUCUCAUCAGUUGUGAGCUCUCAACAGUU